AUGUUCGAAGAGUUUCUUGUGCUCGAUUUACUCUCGAAAAAUUCAACGAAUUAUCAAUAUGUAGUCUGCUACCAGAAAGCACUAUUCGAAGCGAUAAUUCCGUUGGCUUCUCUGAAAACUUUCGGACGGAAUGGGCUACAAUACGGCACAGUUCUCUGCGGAACUUUCUUCAUUGACUCAUCGUCAAAACAACUUCGUGUAAAAUCAGUGAGACGUAUCUAUAUGCUGACGAAAGCCAACAAUAAUAAGUGGACGCAGUUGAAAUUGGAAUUCAACGAGAGAUUGAAAAAACACGUUAUUGCAUGCUCCGCAUUGACUGGCGGAUGUUUUACUUAUCAGGAGAAAGAGUAUCGGACACCGGCGGUGUUCAAUGAUGUAUUGGGUAUUAUAGUCGAUUCGGAUGACGAGCCGCAGUUACCGAAACGGCAGAUUGGCCGCCUAUUCUGCACCGUCACUACUAUCAAAUGCGAGACGGACGGCGCGUGGAAACUUCGCAUCGAGGCAGUCAAGAAGUUCGAGAAAGUUCUCUCCUUGGCGAUGGAGGCGAAUGUCGGUGACAACGAGCAUUUCGGAUUGGUGACUCGUGAGGAAUGUGAGGAGAAAAGGGACUUGCGAUUGGUGUCGAGCAGAGAUUUCCCGAGAGAUGUUCGGAUUUUCAGGAGUGGAUCUCACUGCUGCGAGAGCAUGGAACCCGGACAUCGACGUCCUCAUCAUCUUCAUUCGGAGUGCAUGAAUACAUGUGUUGGAGAAAUGGCGCUAAUCGGAAGAUGCAUGGCAUUCCGCAUGAAACGGUGUCACGGAAUGAAUCCAUCUCAAUCCACUGCCGUCGACGCCUACACGACAACAGUCUCACCUACAUCAGAAGGACGCCACGUGGAUUUCAGAUCAAUGCGUGAUGACGUAUCACAGUUGGAAGUGUACGUGCAGAGUGGAUUCGUUGAAGUCGUCACGAUCGCUGAGUAUUCUGGAUAUACGGAUCACGACGGUCAGCCGCUGCUUUGGAGUCAUGACGUGGAAUUCGUUGUGGAUAUUUCUGGAUUGUUCCGUGAUCAGAACUUUGGUUUCGGUCUCUACAAGAUAAAAGUUGUUCGGUUCCAUCGGAAUAAUGUGUUCGCAAAGUGGCGGUUGGCUAGGAAAAAUCCGAUAUUGAUGGCGACGCAGACUCGUUUCCACUCCCAAAGUGCUCAUUCCAUCAGUCUUGCCUCUCUGUCUAUUCACACGAAGCCACUCGUCGAUGAGUCAACUUCAGAAGAAGUCGAAGAACCCAGACGACGUCUUCCAUCGUUCUCGAGAUUCGGAACCUCUGCGCAGAGUUGCUGCCUCCCAAGUACAGAUUCUCUCGAUAGAUUGGGACUUUUCGAUGCGAUGGUUCGUAAUGAGAGAGCCGCCAGCGUGUCGAUUUGUGUCUCCGCUCCUUCGACGACUACUGUUCCACUGGGAACCCGACGUGUCAAUUAUGGAAGAUCGAUGUCUGUUUCUAAUAAGAUAGUUGAAAUCGACGAUGAUCUUCUCUGGGCUCACCACGAGAACUCUGUCUCAAAAAUAGUUGAAGACGACGAUGAUGCUGUGGCAGUUCUUCCGAAAGUUGACAUCACCACCGCCGUCGCCACCACUGUGGAUAACUUCGAUGAGAAUUCCAACGUCUUCUAA